AUGCCCGCACUUUGGCAGUAUCUGGCCAUCGCAGGCAUCCGUACGGUAUCAGCAUUCCCACCCGGAUCCCCGCAGAAGAAGGGGUUCGACUGGGACUCAACGAGAUACCUGAUAGCCUUUGGUGACUCCUACACCUACGUGCAGGGCACUCACGGACAUCAGAACUAUAGCUUCAUUGGGGAUCUACAGAACUUUGAAUACGACGCUGAGACUCUUCUUGCUGACAAGAUUGUUCAAAAUCAGACAGCAACGGCCGAAGGGGGGCCCAACUGGGUCGAAUACCUGACAGGCUGCGGAUUGAAAGAAGGACUCACCUCACCCUUUGACUGCGAGAGGCAGCUCUGGGACUUUGCAUUCGCGGGUUCUGACAUCUCCGUUGCCUACACUCCCCUCCACCACAACUACACCGUCUCCCUCGUCAACCAGGUCACCCAGUUUACCACUUACGGCCAGCCCGUCCUCUCCCAGCACAUCUCCGCGCCGCAGACCCUGGUUGCCAUUUGGAUCGGCAUCAACGACAUCGGCGACAGCGCCAAGUACGCCGUCGACUUCCCUGCGUUCUACGACACGCUCCUCACGACCCUCUUCGCCUCCGUGCAGGAGAUCUACGGUCAGGGCUACCGCUCCUACCUCUUCGUCAACCUCCCGCCCCUCGACCGCACUCCAGGCAACCAGGCUACGAGCCAACCCUACCCCAACGCCACGCAGAUCGCCUGGUACAAUGACGCGCUGGCCCAGCACGCCGCCGCCUUCCACCGUAACCACACGGACACGAACGUGCACCUGUUCGAUGCGCAUAGCGUCCUAAGUGAGAUCAUGGACCACCCGGCGAAGUACGGAAUCGUCAACACGACUAACUUCUGCGCGGGAUACGACCAGCCCGACAUCGCGUGGAACUACCGGUCGUACAGCUGUCCGACGCCGUUGGAGGAGUACUUCUGGUUCAACUCCGGGCAUUUGACAAGCCAUGUACACAAGAUCCUGGCAGGGGUGCUGAAGGGGGAAUUGAAGAAGUGGUCGACAUGA